CUAAAAUAUUUGGGUCUAAACAUCCAACUAGAAGUUAUCACAUUUAUCCAUUUCAACUUCUCUAUCCACAAUUCCCAUCAACCAUACCUGCGACAAUCCUUCGUCAAUCAAGUCGCCAACAUGUUACAACUGAAGAAGUCCUACCAUCCCGCGCUGCUGAAGAAUCAGCGGCGUGUUUACGAAGAGGAACAAAAGGCGUUGGAAGAGCGCAAGAAGACCGAGGCUCGCAUCCAAGAAAUCAAGGAAGAACGCGCCAAGGAAGAACUUCAAAAGCAACUUGCCAUCUCCGGAGGCCGCAAAGUCGUUGACCGUGUCGAAUGGAUGUACCAGGGUCCCAGCGAUGGCCAGACCGGCACCACAGAAGAGCUCGAGGGUUACUUACUGGGAAAGCGGCGUAUCGAUAAUAUUUUGACCAAAGGACCUGAGCAAGAUAAUCUCAAGAAGUCGGCCGGGCAAGAGAGUUUCAUGGCCCUACAGAAUGCCAACACGGAGAGAGAUACGGCGAUGAAGAUUCGAGAAGACCCCCUUCUGGCUAUCAAGAAGCAAGAGCAAGCCGCCUACGAAGCAAUGAUGAAUGACCCUAUCAAGAGAAGACAACUCCUUGCAUCGAUGGGCCAAGAAGACGAUAAAUCUUCGCGAAAGAGGGAGGAAAGACACUCGAGACGUCAUAGACACAGGUCACAAUCAAGAGAACACCGUCAUCGCCGACAUCGUCGAACCGAUUCUAGGGAGAGAGAUGGGUCAAGAGAACGUCGAUACAGGCACCGCCGAUCUGAUUCGAGAGAGAGGUCUGAAAGCGCGGAACGGUAUAGCUCUAGAAAGGAGCGUCGCUCCGAGCGCUCCGAGCGAAAACGUUCGAUAUCUAGAGAUGACCCUAGAGACAACAAUAGACUGCGCAGAGAUCGAUCGCAGAGUCCACGUCGUAACGAUGCAAGAGACGAGGGAUAUCGUCAACGUCGUGAUUAUUCCAAAGAACCUCCACGAGGACGACGACGUUACCCAGAUGACCAGGACGACAGACGAGAUUAUCGCGAUCGACGCUCAUACAAAGACAGGCCUAGUAACGGCCGUGACAACAAGGCUAGCGGUUCUGGCGAUUCUGCCGAAUCAGCCGCCGAUGAGCGAGCGAGAAAACUCGCAGCUAUGCAAGAGGCGGCCUCCGAACUCGACCAAGACCGAGAAAAGCGAUUGGCCGCAAUAGCCGAAAAGGAACGUGCGGAACGAGAGGCGGAUGAGAAGGCUCGAGAGCGUUCAGGCAAGUACGGUGACCGGGAAUUCGUGAAUGGGUUAAGGAGGAAAGUCAUUGGUUGAGAGUGAGAGUGAGUUACUGAUGGAAGGAACGGCAUCUUGAGACGGCACCCACAAAUCAUGUACUUAGGAGAUUCUCGGGGCUUAUGGUCCAUCUAUGGUCGUUAAUGACUGGAACAUUCUAUUACGAAAUCUUUCCGAAUCGAACACAGAGCUGGGGACACGAGAGUCUAUUAUUGGUAAGAGUUGCUUGGUUAUUAGCAUGGGAAUGCAUGCUAAUGAGGAAGGCGUUCGCAAUACGUUGAUCAUAGGCUGGCGAGGGUUGAGCACAACGCUCUUUAAGCCGCCACGGAGUUCUGGCACAGGCAUCUGAUCAACGCAUAAAAUAGAACGAUGGGUAACCCCAAUAAAAGAAGCAUUUACCUGCGA